AUGUCUAACGAGCAGCUUAUCACCCUCUCGUACCGCGACCGUGUCGCAAUCGUCACGCUCAACCGCCCCGACAAGCUCAAUGCGCUCAACCAGGACCUAUACUACCUGCUCGGCGAGCGGCUUCGAGAAAUUGACCAGCGAGAGGAUAUCUACAUUACUGUCCUGACCGGGACAGGCCGGUUCUUCUCCGCUGGCGCCGAUGUGACCAGCUCUCGACCCAGCGGCGACCUCAGCUCGAGUGUCCGUCGUGAGCUCGUCAAGGGAUUUGUUGCCAAUAACGUCGACGUGACUCGCACCUUCUACAACCACAGUAAAAUCCUCGUCGUCGCUCUGAACGGACCCGCCGUCGGCCUCUCCGCCGCCCUCGUUGCCCACGCAGACUUCAUUUACGCCGCCCCGCACGCCUUCUUGCUUACUCCCUUCUCCUCACUCGGUCUCGUCGCCGAAGGUGGAGCUAGCCGCGCCUUUGUCGAGCGCCUCGGCAUCGCGAAGGCCAAUGAGGCGCUCAUUAUGAGCAAGCGGAUUACCUGCGACGAGCUCGUGGCAGCCGGGUUCGUCAACAAGGUGAUCCAAGCCCCAUCAGGCAACAAGGAGGAUUCGGAUGGGUUCCUGAAGAGCGUGUUGGCUGAGGUAGAUGACCGACUGGGCACGCAUCUGAACCAGUCCAGCUUGCUGAAGAUCAAGGAGCUGGUGCGCCGGCCAGAGCGGGAGCUUUUGGAUCGCCAGAACGGGCUGGAAGCGUUUAUGGGACUGGAACGCUUCUUGGGAGGCGUGCCACAGGAGGAAUUCCGCAAGUUGGCGUCGGGCGAGAAGAAGCACAAGCUGUAA